AUGGCUUCUUUUGCCCUCCGUUGUCCUUCCAUCUUCGACCGAUCUUUCACCAACAACACUUCCGCGGUCAAAGUCCCAAUCCCCGACGAGGUCCUGGGCCAAUGGCACAUAACACACACAUCGUCCCCCGCCUGGCGCGACAAGCGUAACGUCGUCCUCACUUAUACUACUCUCAGUUCUCGCAACCACGACGCUACUUCCUUGGAUGAUCUCAUCACCUACCAAACCCUGACUUCCCCGCAACUGCAAACCAUGCGUGGCACAGAUAUUUCAUCUACCGGCAAGCCGGGGGAAUGGAUCUGGCGCGGCAAUGGUUGGCUCAAGUUCGUGACAAGCCAUUGGCAGAUCUUGGGAUUUGGAGAACAGGAGGAACGGGGGCAGUGGGCUGUGGUCUUUGCGCAAAAAUCACUUUUUUCACCAGCCGUGAUCAAUGUCUAUACGAGAAGGAAGGACGGACUUGAUGAGGAGAAGCUGCAGGAGCUUAAGAAGAUAUUGAGAAGUUUGGGAGAUGGAAAAUGGGGAGAUCUGGUUGAGGUUAUGUAUAUUGUUAAGCAGGAAUAG